CGCCGCUGCCGGAGGGUGGCGCUGCCGCCCGCGCGGCCGCCGCGUCCCCGCCCCUCCGCCAUGGCCGAUGUGGAGGACGGGGACGAGCCCGGCGCCCCCCACUCGCUGUCGGGCUCCGCGGGCUCCAAGGCGGGCGCUCCCGACAAGAUGUUCUCGCUGAAGAAGUGGAACGCGGUGGCCAUGUGGAGCUGGGACGUGGAGUGCGACACCUGCGCCAUUUGCCGGGUGCAGAUGCCUGUCUUAGAUGUCAAGCUGAAAACAAACAAGAAGAUUGUGUUGUGGUUUGGGGAGAGUGCAAUCAUUCCUUCCACAAUUGCUGCAUGUCCUUGUGGGUGAAACAGAAUAAUCGCUGUCCCCUCUGCCAGCAGGACUGGGUAGUCCAGAGAAUAGGCAAAUAAAAUCUGGAAGGAUUUCUUUCUGUUGCACUUCCUGGAAUGGUGUGUGUGUUAUGGCCUGUGCUGAUGCAGAACAGAAGGUGUCCAUCAGGUGCCUCAGUGGCUGUGCCUGCUCCAGGAGCAGGGUGGGUUUGGGGCAGGCCAUGGGCAGUCAGGCUCCCUGCGGGCUUCCACAAUUCAAACUGGAGAUGCUGCUUCAACAAAAGUAUCUGCUGUGAUUGGAGUGUUCUCUGCAUCAGAGCAUAGAAACUUAGUGCUGCAGAUUAUUCCCUAAACACAGAGCAUUUAAUCUUUUUCCAUUGAUAAAUGAAUCAAAUUGAAAGGGUCACCUUACCUGGUCUGAGACACUGCAUCGUUUACUUCCAGGAUAAAGAAAAUGUUUCCUAAGUACUAUUGUAUGCAAAAAUACAGUCAGUGUGUUUUUUAAGAAAUUAUUCUGAGAUUUAAUCUAAAAUUGACAGUGUAUAAAACAUUUGCUAUGUGCUUUUCCCAUGACACUCUAUUAAACAUUUCUAAUUUAGGGUUUCUUUAUGACUUUUGUUUUCUUGUAUCUCUCAAUCUGUUGCUCUGUUAUAUUCUAUACAUGAUUUCUACAAUCAUAACAUUGAAAUUUAACCAUGUUAAUAACUUCUUUUAUUUGUAUUUCUGUUGGUGAUUAUGGAGACAUGUAUUUUUAAUCCAAAGAUUUUUUGUACAAAGCCAUGUAUUUGAUAUCAGUUAACUAGAGGUGUAGACAAUCUUGCUGGUUAGCUGAUUAAUAUAGGAAGUAAACAAAAGUGAUAAUUUAAGUAAUCCAAGGAACGAAGGCACUAAUUAAAUCUAGGGAAAAAGGCUAAAUUGUGAUUUAAUGAAAAUUUGGUUAAUAGAAAUAUCUUUAUUAUCUUUUUAUUGGUCACAGUGUUUUGGAAGCAUUUUUUCAUUUUUGUGGAAAUCCUGAAUGUAUCAUCUUUGAAUUUUUUCUUACAGCUGUUUAAGUGCUUGCCUUUAGCUUUGUCUUUUCCUUAAAUAUCCAAAUUACUAUGAAUCUGAAUAUAUGCUGUGGGAUUUUUAAAAUAUAUGUAACAGACAGGUAGAAUUAUUGCUUUCAAUCUGUAACAAAUUCAGGCUUAAUAAAAUGGUCAAUUAAUAUGGGUAAAAUUGAAGCAAUAUAUUAUGCAUUGUUUACUUCAAAAUUAUCAUCUUUAAUGUUUAAUGUGUUUCUCAGUAGGUGUGUUUCUAUCUAAUUCUAAGUACAUUUAAAGAGGUUUAUCUUCACUGUAUGAAGUAGUUCCAAUGUCUGUAUCAUCAAGCAUAUUGCAGAAUUUACUGUGGGUUUGUUUAAUAUUGUAAUCUUGGUUUUUAAGAUGUGAUUUUUUAAAUGUAGCUUUUGUUUAAUAACACACUGAGAUAAAAAAAUCCUGAGUCACUGUUACACUGUAUCACAUCAGUUGUUACUAUGCCAGAUGAUGUCUGUCUUAAAACUGAAAACAAAUGUAAAAUAUAUUAACAGUAGUAAUGAAGUGCCUCUAGCAUUUACAUUGUUGUGGAGUAUUUCUGUUUGUGUAAAAGUAUUCCCAAAAUUCUUGCUAAAAAAGAAAUCAGAGUGGACAUGAAAAUAAAGUUUAGCUGUGGCAGUCAAACUGUAUCUUACCUAGCACCUGACCUCUGGUAAUGCCACCUAGUCCCAUCAGAGGACUUUAUUCAUUUUUCUUUGGUUUAUAGGUGAGUAUGGAGAGUACCAAACCCUGCUUUUAGCUCAUGUCAUGUGCAUGGCAAGAGUAGCUGAGAAUUACAGUUGUGGAAGAGUUUUUCUAAGUGUCAGCUCCAAGGGGUGUUGACACAAAUGAGGUAUUAGGAAAGUUAAUGUUGAAAUCAAAGCAGCUGAUAUUUUUGUGUAUCUGUUUGCAUAUUUUAAGUAUCUUGUUGACCAGUAAUUGAGGUUCAUCCAGAACAGAAGGUAAUGAAUUUUAAGUCCUGCAUAUUUUCUCUGUGAUUUAGUGGUUAGCCUAAGUCCAGUCUUUCUGUGAGCUCUCCACCAGAAAACUUCUCCAAACCACACCCUGAGGUGGCCGAUUAACACGGUUGUUAGUACAUCCCAGUACAUCCCUGUGUCCAGUUCUGCAAUUGUUCACCUCUUGAAAUGAAAAAUCAUUUUUGCUUCUCACCCAAACAUACUGUUUUAUGAGCAGGUAACACUACCUUAAAUAGCCAUUGUCAACUAAUAGAUUAAUGCUGAUCUGCUUUUCUCCAGUGUUUAAUAAAUGCUGAGCAGAUUUGGAUAAGUCAGCAAGCAAAUCUCAAAAGUGACUGGAGUAAUGAGUAUGUGUUGAAUCAUCAUAUUGUUUGAUUUUGCUUUUAAUGAAGUUAUGCUAUUUUAGAGAAAAUUUAUGUUCCACAGAAACUGGGAAAGAGUCUAAUUAAUUGAAUACAAUGGUCUUUGGAGCUGUAAAUGUGUCUUAUGCAGGUGCCAUAAACAUCAGGAAUUUUCUUGAUUUGGUUAGGCAUGAGUAUACCAAUAGCUGGAGUAAGCUUGAGUUCAGCCUUAGGGCCCAGCUCCCAGCCAUUUGUCCUGCUGCUCUUGAGCUGUGGUGGAUAUUCUGGCCAAACGUAAAAAAGACCCUACUGAAUUUUAGGAAAUUAAAACCUUUAUUUAAAAAAAAAUAGCUGAAAUUAAAGCUUUAUUACCUCCUUCCAUGCCUUUGUCUACCCAGGGUGUUAUAGGAAUGUGUUGCUGCAGGUCCCAUUUUCAGGACAGCCAGCAGCAGAAUUCCCCAUUUCUCCUGCUGGCUCCGUGCAGUGCUGCCCACGCUGUGGCUGCUCUGCUGAGCCCUUUAUGUAACCUCCCACCCUGGGCAGAGCUGGCCAGGCUUUCAGGUGUCUGCUUCCAAUUCCCCCUGUUCUCGUGCACACACAGCAGCUUGCAGUGGAUGGCCCUCUCCAGCACUCCUAGAAAAACACCUCCAUGGGAAUUCUGUAGAGUGCAAGCACGAGUUUUAUGUCAAAUGGAUUCAGUGUGGACAGGAUUAAACAUGUAAAAACAAAACACUGCAUGGUUGUAGAAUGGCAAAAAGCAGCCAAGAAGGGCUUAACACUUAUUAUAGGGAGUCUGAAAGGUGCCUGUUAUUACUCUUGAUGUUUAGUUUUUGUGAUUCAGCUCUUCAGCUUGCUGUAAGAUUGUGAAAAAAGAAAAAAGACACUUGACCUUGACCUCAAGAGCACAGCUUGACCCCAGUGUUACUUCUUUUCUUGUUCUCAUAAUACUUUCCUUAUAUUUAAGGAAAGUUUUAACAGCCAAACCACCUGACCCCACAGCAGAAGGAGGCUUAGCCUAGUGAGUGCCACACAUAAUUUUUAUUAUUUUGAAGGGAAAAAAAUGCCUUCUGGUAGGCAGCCAGCAAGUGCAGGUGGAAUUUGCCUUCACUUGAUUAUAAUCAGCUUUGUCCCUUUGUUGAUGUCACCUCGGCUAUAUGUUGUUGCCACCUUCUUAUCCAACCACUUUCUGUCAUAAAGCUCAGCAGGGAAAAUAAACUGAGGUCAAAACAACAUA